CGGACCUCCAUGGCGACCGCCGGCUCCUCUAGUGACGGCCGGCUCGACGUGGCGCAACUCCUGGCGCAGCGUGCGGCGAGCAGCGGGCGGCCGUCCAUCGAGGUGGAAAAGGAGGACGACCUCGAGUACGACCUGGCGCACCUUGCCGCCUUCGACCCUGCGCCGCUCUCUGCAGAGGCGCUCUCGGCGGACGCCGAGGCGCACCUGCUCGAAACGGCGCGCGACAACGCGCAGCUGAUGGCGAACCGGCUGUACGCGAUCCUCGCGUCGCAGGAGAGCAAGGCGGUCAUCCGCCUUCCCCCGCCCACGACGCAGCUGCCGCGUGAGAAGCCGCUGCCAAAGCCGCGGCCGCAGACGCGCUGGGAGAAGUUCGCGGCGGAGAAGGGCAUCGUCAAGAAGAAGCGGUCCAAGAUGGUGUGGGACGAGGCCGCCGGCCAGUGGGCCCCGCGGUACGGCUUUGGCCGCGCCAACAAGCAGGACGACCCGCUCAAGACGUGGCUCGUCCCUGCGAAGCCGGGCGAGGACGGCUCGACCGACCCGUUCGAGGCCGCGGCCGGGAAGCGGGGCGAGGCGCGCGCGAAGCAGAAGCGGCAGGAGGAGCGCAACCGUCUCGAGGCGGCCCACGCCGCCGGCCUCACCUCGCGCGGGAAGGGCGCCGCGGCGGGCGCCGGAGGCUCGCUCGGCUCGUCGGUGAUCGCUCGCGACCUCGGCGCGGCGUCGGAGAAGAAAGAGUACCUGUCGCGCGCGAUCCGGACGACGCAGGUCUCGACCGCGUCGGCGGGGCGAUUCGACCGGCAGCUGGAGCACGAGCCUUCCAAGGAGCGGGGCAAGCGGAAGCAGUAUGCCUCGGCCACGUCGCGCGCCGACACGGCAGCAGACGCGGCGCGGACGGCCGCGGUGGCGGGCAAGCUCUUCCCCGAGGACGCGGCGCGGACGACGGUGCGCGCCAAGGCGAUCGACUCUGGCAAGGCGGCCAAGAUCGCGCGGCUCGAGGCGGAGGGGAACAACCGCAAGGCGAAGGUGUCGGGCAGCGGCGGCUCGAAGCUCGCCAAAAAGGCGAAACCGGCGCCCGGAGGGGGAGGCAUCGGCAAGGGCAAGGCCACCGCAAAGGUCAAGAGCAAGGCGGCGGCCAAGGCCAGCAAAGGAGGCAAGAGGAAGUGACGCGUUUGCGGGUGAGAGCACAGUCUCGGCGGGGGGGAGUCCACAGCGGGGUCGGAUCUCGCGGGCGAAAAGCAAAAGGAUUGUGUUUGAGGAUAUUCAU